AUGCUGAACUUAACGUUCUUUGAUGACGACGGAAGCUUUUGUCGCAUCCAGGAAGCCUUCACCGUUGCCUCGGUGAUCAACCCCCUGAUGGCCAUAGGCAAGCUGUUUCGAGAAGGCUGGGAGUUGCGAGUGAACGAAGAAGAAGGUAUGUGUCUUACAGACGGAAGCUCAAGAAUACCAGUGCAUCUCCACAAGAACAGCUUGGCAGCCUACGCCUACGUACAAACUCCUUCAAGAAGCAGAAGUUACAGCAGCAACAACUACAAGAUGGUUCGGACAGUUGUUCAGCUCAACAAGCACGUUCAGGAAGCAGUGAACAAAGAAGAACCUGGUUGGCACAACACAGACAGCAUGGUGAUCGUCAAGUACGCCACUCAAAGCAGCUACGAGAACCCAUCUCUCAUGUAUAGCCCUACGCACUUUCCGUACAGAAGCACUUUGGUGAAAGAAGAGAGAGGAUGGAGAGCAGUUGAAGUUUCAAAGAAGUACUCCGAGAAGGCAGACCCUUUUGAAGAGUUUGCAGAAGGAGAAAAGGAAGUGGUUACAGCCAUUUCAGCAAAGCCAAUUCCACUUUGGAUCCUUGGCACCCCUUACGCAGCUGGAGACCGAGCAGAGCAAGAAAGUCAUGGUCGUGACUACUGGAAAAUGGACCUCGAGAAAGGAGAAGUUGUUCGUCACCACGUAGUACCGAGAACUGUGCUGUUUGACCCGACAGGAGUUGCCAACUGUCCUGUCCUCCUUGGAGAUCUUGAGAACAGCAGGUAUACCCAAGGAGACUGCAUCUACAGUACGGAGAUCUACGAACACAGCGACGACUGGAGAGCAGACCGCCUACCUCUACGUGAACACUUUCGUUUGCCGUGGUUUGGUCAAACAAGGUUCCGUGUGAAGCCAGAAGUUGUUGAAGACCUAAAAGCAGAAGCUGCAGCAGAGGAGCUAAAGAAGAAGAAGGAAGAACACUACAAAGAGAAGGAAGAUUCAGCAGCACCACCAGCAGCAGAAGAGAGCAAAGAUGAGGAAAUGAGAGAAGCACAAGCAGACCAAGAAGCACCACAAGAAGUUGUUGAAGUUUUGGAGGAAAGCUUCUACCACGAAGGCGUCGAGUACACAGCGCAGAAAAGCAGUCUUAAGGAACUACAAGCACUUUGCAGAGAGUACAGAGUGAAGACAACAGGAAGCAAGAAGCAGCUCUUGAAGAGACUCGCCACAGCAGUCAGAGAAGAAAGGCUCAGCACGCAACACAAGGAACAACGGGAACACCACCAAGCAUACCACCUAGCACCACCACAGGAACCAACGGAAGAGGAGAGAGCGUACCACAACUUGACGCACCUUCCGUAUCAGCCUUGGUGUCCCCAUUGCGUUGCUAUGAAAGCACGAGAAGACAACCACAAGAAAGGAUUGAGCAAGCCAAGCAGCUCUACGGAUUCCGCGAAGCCCGUCAUCAGUUUUGACUUUUGCUAUACAAGCACCACAGGAAGUGAAGAGCCACCAGCAGUGACUCUUGUCGCUGUGGACAGCUGGAGCAAGGCAGUCUUGGCGGUGCCCUGCAAGAGGAAAGGAGGAGCAGGAAGCACAACGCAUCUCGCGGAAGCACUCGUGCAGUUCACCACUCAGCUCGGGUACAACACCCUCGUUCUCAAAGCAGACAAUGAGAACGCAGCCAAAGCACUCAAGGACAAAGUACAGAAAGUACGCAGCAGCCUUGGACUUUCUACAACACUACAGGAAAGCAUUCCUUACGACCACGAAAGCAAUGGAGCCGCAGAAAGAGCAAUACAAACAGUACGGAGGCAAGCGAACACCAUUCUCGAUGAACUCAGAGAAAGAACACAGCUGGCGAUACCACACGAGCACGCAGUAGUAAGCUGGGCGUUUAGACACGCCUGCUGGCUACUCAACAGGUUCGCAGUGAGCAGCUCCACAGGAAGAACGCCACAGGAAGUUAUCCACGGAUACCCCUACUCAGGGAAACUUGUACCCUUUGGUACUGUUGUGAUGGCGAAGAGGUUGAAGAUCAAGAAGAAAGGUGACAGGAUAUGGAAUGCAGGAAUAUUUUUAGGCAAGACAGAGCAAGACACAUGGAUCGUUGCACAGCCUGAUGGCAUACAUAUCACACGCAGCGUGAGACCACUACCAGAACAGUACGACUCCAAAAGAACAAGCAACAUAGAGGUCCAUACCUGGAACCUCAACACGCCACUCCUUGGAGCAAGAGUACUUCCAGAGAAGAAGCAAAGACAACGACCACAGCUAAGCAUCCUGCCCCCUGUUGCCGAGGAAGAACGCGAACAGCUCGAGAACGUCGAGGCCGCUAGCGACCCUCCGAGUUCGGAGGACAGCAGUGAAGAGCAGCAACAAGCACUUGAAGACAGAGAGGAACAAAGUGAAGCCAGCAGCAUGAGUGUGACGAGAGACAGGAAAAGAAGAGCUGAAGUUGAUGACGAGACCCUUUUGGAGGAACUCAGAGCAGUCGAGCCACUUACAGCCUCAGCAGAAGCACUUUCAGCACCAGCUGAACCAAGAGCAGAAGCAAGCAAGCACAGUCUUGAGCUUGAGGAACCAAGCUCACCCAGCAAGCUACGAAAGCAAGUUAACAGAGCAGAGGAAACAGACGGUUACCUCAACAUGCCUCAUGAUGAUGAAGUCUACGAAGCAGAUGAUGAGUUUGUGUACGAGUCGGAAGAAGAAGAAGAGGAGACAGAGAGUGAACCAACGGAAGUUUCUACCAAGGUCCCUGUCGAGUUCUUCGACGAGGAGAAAGGACCACCGAACGUGGAUCCGGCUUUUCUUCAGAAGUUGGACGAUGAAGCUACAGUCAAAGAAAUCAAAAGGUUAACAAAGAUGGGAGUUAUUUCGUUGGUUUCUACAGACCCUCAGGAAGCAACUGAGAACGUACCUCUGGUAGAUUCAGAGCAAGAACUUCACAAGUGGUUGACAACGAAGUUGGUGAAAGAUUGGAGGUUCAGAGAAGCUACAGGUUUUGAAGCUGAAGAAGCCAAAGAAGGAACAACAAAGCCCAAGCAGAUUCAAAGAUGCUGGCAACGACGAAUCACAAAACUGGUGCCCAUGUUGGCUCUCGCCAACCAUUGGGCGAUCUACAGUGUCGACGUGAAGGACGCGUUUCUACAAGUCAACGCGACGCAUCCAGUCUUUGGUCAGACUUUUGUGAUGGUCUUUUGGUGGAAGAGAAGUUUGAGCGUUGUACUGCAGUUCCAGCACUUUACCGUCUUCUACGGAAAGAAGGAAGUCAUCGAACCAAUCCUCAGGAACCUCAAGAAGAAAGUGAACCUACAAGUUGAAGGACCUCUUCUGAAUGAGGAAGACUACGAGAAAGGAUUUUCUGAGGAGACCGUGAAGUUUCUCAAAAGGAAGUACACGUACGAACAACAUGAACUACGAGUACAUAGCGAUAGCAAGUACGUGAAGAAACUCGUGGAGAUCCUCAAGCUGGAGAAGAAGAAGGCCAAGAACUCACCCUGCACACCGGCUAGUCAGGAACCUGACGUAUCCCAAGAACUGGACGAGGAACACUCGAGAACGUACAGAAGUUGUGUCGGCAUUUUGCUGUACGUAGCGCACGACCGUCCGGACAUUCAGUUCGCAGUACGUAGCCUCAGUACUGCCAUGACGAAGCCAACGGAACGUAAAAGAAAGGAGUUGGAGCACUUGGCGCUCUACCUCAAAGGAACGUCAGACUACGCCGUUACGUACCACAGGAAGUCAGUGAGUUGCGCCAUGUUCUACCUGGACGGUGCAUACUUCUACAGCUACAGCAGGACACAGAAGUCGAUAGCAUUAUCUUCAGCAGAAGCAGAAUACAUGGAACAGGAAGAGUCAAGCACCUACAGAUUCGGUUACUUUGGCUACAAGCAGCAAUACGUGAAGGCAAGCUUACUGUACACGCAGUUGGUGAACUACGACGUGGACUCCUUCGACGAGGCAAAGAAAGAAGUGACAGAGAGAGCAGAGAAGUUGAAGAAGGAGGAAGAAAACCUGGAGAAGGAGAAGGAGCAGUUUGGAAACCAGAAGACAGAGUUUGAGGAGACAGUGAAAAGGUUUUUGAAGAAGCAGAAGGAGGUGAAGGAAAAGGAAGACAAAGUUACAGAAAGAGAAGAGAAGUUAGAGAAAGACCAAGAGACCCUCCAAGGACAAGCCAAGUUCUUAAGCGAGAAGGAGACAGCCCUUGAAGAAGCUGAGGAGAACGUCAAAGCAAAGGAAGCAGAGGUUGAAAAGAAGAAGAAAGAGGCAGAGAAGAGAGAGAGAAAAGCCCAGGAAAGAACCGCCGGCUACGACCAGGAGAGAGAAGAGUACGCCAAGAAGUACGUUGACGAUGCAAAGAAGGACUUGGAGAGAGAGCUUAAAGUGCUAAAGCAAGAAGAGAAAGUAAGGAACCAAAAGCUCGACGACCUCCAGUACGACUACAAGAGCCUCAAGGACGACUACCAGUACUUCAAAGGUUACUCACAGGAAGUGGACGCACUUCUACUUGCAGCUAAGGACAAGAUCGUGAAGUACAAGAAGAAGGUCAAAAGCCUCAAGGAAACCUUAGGUGCAACCUUGUCUGGAAGCGAAGGUGAAGAAGAGACAGAAGAAGCGUACAAGAGCAAAGCAGAAGAAGAGAAAGAGAAGAAAGAAGCGCAGGCAAAAGAGGAAGAGAAGAAGAAAGGAAAAAGGCCAAAGCAGGUAGAGACAGAAGACCAAGAAGAGAAGCCGUCAAGCAACCAAGGAGACGAAACUACCGUCGACCCGAACGACAUCGCCGAGUUCACGCAGCUUGGCUACGUGUGGGAGUUCAACAAGAAAACGCAAGAGUACCGCGCGAAGUGUGAAGACAAGAAAGGUGCAGCGAGAAUCAAGAAUGCGCCUGUCAAGGGACGCAUGCUCUGGAACAAGGUGACAGAGUGUUACAGGAAGCACAACGUUUGGUUUACAGACGGAAAGGAAUUGGAUAAAUUCCUCGAGACCAAGGAGAACGAGAAGAUCGAGGAAGAGGUGCAGCGACGCAUCCACGCGAAAGGCAAGCAAGACAACCAAGGAACGAAGGGAAAAGGCCCUUCCUGGGACGACGGACAGAACGACGGUUGGUACUACAACGAGCAGUGGAACAACGAGAACUGGAGCACCACCGACGACGGCAGCAACUGGUACGAGAACGCGAACCCGCACAACAAAGGCUACUGGCAGACGCCAGAAGAGUGGGCGCAGCAGAACCAGUGGGACCAGUGGACACCCAAAGGAAAGGGUAAAGGCAAGAAGUCCAAGAACUGGGCACAGACCCAGUGA